CAGGCUGAAUUUCCAACGAAGAACCACUGUAACUGCAUGUAGCUGUGAGAGAAUACCUGUGCAUGGUCUUAAGUUGACUACUAUUUCAGAAAUAUUGCAGGCAGACUCAAACUACCCGUAUUUAGUUCGUAAUAAAUCACUCACUUAUCCAAAAUUUAAUUUACUCCAAUAAGUUUAUGAUUAUAUCUCAUAUUUUUUCUUUUAUCAGACACUAUGGGGGUCCUAACUACUGUGGGCAAGCAAAAAGAAAUUGUUAAAGAGUCCAAAAGGACAAAGAUGAUUGUGAUUCAGUUAGAAGCGGAUGGGGUGACGUUAGAUAUAACACUGUUUGGGGAGUACGUUGACAAGAUCAAAAGCUUCUUUGGGAGACAACCAUUGGAAAAUGCGAUCAUUGUGAUUCAGUAUGGAAAGGUGAAAACGUAUCAAGGAAAUAUAAAUUUGCAGAAUGUCAUGUACGGAACGCGUAUCCUGUUAAAUCCUGAAAUAGAAGAGGUUGUUGCAUUCAGACAAAGGAUUGUUGGUGUGCCAACGAACCGUCGACCUCUUGAGUUGCCCUGUGAUGACGUGACAGUUGUGCAGCAAAAUGAAUUUUUGGAUGCCACACGAAUGACGACAAUCUCUUUGCAAGGAUGGGCUGUGAGACCUGAUGGUACCAUGUACUAUUGCGUGUAUUGUGGGUGUCGUGUUAUGAAUGUCACCCCAAGGUAUCUAAUCAAGCUAUCGGUUAGAGAUGAUUCCGGUUCAGCUAUCUUUGUGUUAUUUGACCAUGAAGCUGCUUCGAUUUUAAAUACGUCAUGCUCCCUUUUGCUGGAAAAGACAGAUAGUGAUGGAAGUACUGAAAGUCCAAAAGAGUUUGCUGAUUUUUUGAUGGGUAAGAGUUUCCUAUUUAAGGUCGAAGUCAAGUCGAUGUUCAGAGGACGUCUAGAACAAUCUUUCAGGAAUCUGCCGAGUGGAGACAUAAAACCCGAUGUCUUUAAUAGACUCUUGAUAGAUAAGUCGUAUCUUUUUAAAGUUGAUGUUAGGCGUUCUCAGUUCAAUGACUUUGAUCCUACCUAUAAUGUCAUUGACAUUUGUUUUGAUGAAAGAACAAUCUCGCGAUUCAAGGAAAGGCAUGCAACAUUUUUCUCCGUCCAGAAUUUGAUUGAAGAUUUUGUGCAAUCAAAGGAUAAUCAGUUUGAACGACUAGGAGAUGAUAUCACCGACUCUAAUAUUGGCAAAAGAAUCGAAGAGGUUGAAUCUGACUAUGCAGACGGUCAUGAACCGAGCAAGAAGAUGAAGACCAUUAAGAUUGAGAAAAUUUAAGACUAGAAGUAUUAAGUUAGAUGGAGUACUAUUCAGUUUUUGGGAUUAGAUUUACGUGUUAGACAUUUUAUAAUUUAUCAUUUUUGAUGACUUUGGUGUUUGAAAUUAAAAAUUUGAAAUUUUCAUUCAUUUUGUUUUUUUAAAUAAGAUUGCAUGUUUGAAUAAUUUAUACUCAGUUCAAUGUCAUUACACAUAUUUUAUACUUUGACCUGUUAUAUAGUUCAUAAUAUUCAUUAAUGUUACACUCAUAUUCUAUAUAUUGACGGAGUAUAUUAUUAUAUUGAAUAAAUCAUUCAAUAUAAGUAUAUCUUAAAGAAAUUACUAAUGGAGGU